CUUUUACUCAUUUUUUGUUCAGAGGACUAUCGGUCGGCCAACAGCAGCAGCAGCAGCAGCAGAAGCAGAGGGGAGAGAGUGGAGAGAGAAGUGGAGAAAUACAGAGAAGAGUCCGCUCCAGAAGAAAAGAACACUAACCUGGACUAAUCUAAACCGCUUCCGCGUGUGUUCGACAGGUUUGCUCCAUCGUGGUUUUGAUAACAGGAGGCAAGGAUGGAAAUGCAAAGGGGUGAAGCCGAGUCCAUGAUGAAGGUGGGACAGUGGCAGAACACGAUGUAUAGCACUGACUCGGGCAUCCAGUCUGGAGCCACCACGGUCAGAGAUGACGACGACUACACCACCUCCAAGCAGUACACCGUGACCACCACCACCGUCACAUCAGAGCCUGACAUUGAUGCCCACUACACCAGAGCCCAGCGAGUGCGGGCUGCGAUGUUCCCAGAGACGCUGGAGGGAAGCACCACCAUCAUAUCAACUCAGACGGACCCGUCCCAGAUGACCAACGUCCAGCGGCUGGCUGAGCCUUCCCAGAUGCUCAAGAUGGCGAUCAUCCAUCUGAUCAACUACCAGGACGACGCCGAGCUGGCCACACGCGCCGUGCCUGAGCUCACCAAGCUGCUCAACGAUGAAGACCAGGUGGUCGUCAGCAAGGCAGCGCAGAUCGUCAACCAGCUUACGCGCAAGGAGGCGUCGCGCCGCGCGAUGAUGUCGUCCCCUCAGAUGGUGGCGGCGGUGGUUCGGGCGAUGCAGAACACGAGCGACAUGGAGACGGCGCGGGCCACGGCCAGCAUCCUCCACAACCUGUCCCACCAGAGAGAGGGCCUGCUCUCCAUCUUCAAGUCCGGAGGCAUCCCUGCUUUGGUCCGCAUGCUCAGCUCUCCCAUGGAGUCUGUGCUCUUCUACGCCAUCACCACGCUCCACAACCUGCUGCUGCACCAGGAAGGAGCUAAGAUGGCCGUCCGUCUGGCCGACGGCCUGCAGAAGAUGGUUCCCCUGCUGAAGAAGAGCAACCCCAAGUUCCUGGCCAUCACCACAGACUGUCUGCAGCUGCUGUCUUACGGCAACCAGGAGAGCAAGCUGAUCAUCCUGUCCAACAGCGGUCCCGAGGGUCUCGUUCACAUCAUGAGAAACUACAACUACGAGAAGCUGCUGUGGACCACAAGCCGUGUGCUCAAAGUGCUCUCUGUGUGCCCCAGCAACAAACCCGCCAUUGUAGAGGCUGGUGGGAUGCAGGCUCUGGGUAAACACCUCACAGGCACCAGCCCGCGUCUGAUGCAGAACUGUCUGUGGACGCUCAGGAACCUGUCUGAUGCCGCCACCAAACAGGAGGGUAUGGAGGGCCUUCUGCAGGUGCUGGUGGGCCUGCUCAGCUCAGACGACCUCAACAUGCUCACUUGCGCCACAGGCAUCCUGUCCAACCUCACGUGCAACAAUGCCAACAAUAAAACUCAUGUCACCCAGGGCAACGGCGUCGAGGCGCUGAUCCACGCCAUAUUGCGUGCCGGCGAGAAGGAGGAUGUGACCGAACCUGCCGUCUGCGCCCUGCGCCACCUGACAUCGCGCCACCAACAGGCCGAAGUGGCGCAGAAUGCUGUGAGGAGACACUACGGCAUCCCCGCCAUCGUCAAGCUGCUCAACCAGCCCUACUACUGGCCCGUCAUCAAGGCUGUGGUCGGCCUGAUCCGCAACCUGGCCCUGUGCCCAGAGAACCAAGCCCCUCUGAGGGACGCUGGAGCGAUCCCCCGUCUGGUCAACCUGCUGCUCAAAGCCCACCAGGACGCCCAGAAACAUGGUUCAUCCACCCAGCAGACAUACCAGGAUGGAGUGAGGAUGGAGGAGAUCGUGGAGGGCUCAACAGGAGCUCUGCACAUCCUGGCAAGAGAUCCCAUCAACAGAGCAGACAUCGCCAACCUGCAGACCAUUCCUCUGUUUGUUCAGCUCCUCUACUCUCCAGUGGAUAACGUGAAGCGCGUGGCAGCUGGCGUCCUGUGCGAGCUGGCCCUGGACAAACCGUCAGCUGAGCUCAUUGACAGCGAGGGGGCGUCGGCUCCGCUGAUGGACCUGCUGCACUCCAACAACGAGGGCAUCGCUACUUACGCUGCAGCUGUGCUCUUCCGCAUCUCCGAGGAUAAGAACUCCGACUACAAGAAGCGAGUGUCCGUGGAGCUCACGCACUCUCUGUUCAAACACGACCCCGCUGCCUGGGAGAUUGCCCACAACAGUGUCCCUAUAGAAGGACCCUAUCAAGAUGAGCUGGAUGCUGGUUUCCAAAAUUACGGAGGGUAUCCUGCUGACAUGCCCAUGGACAACAUGGACGGAGGUAUGAUGCAGGACGAGUACCAAGGCAGCAUGGCCUACGACAACAGACAACAGUACCCUGAAUUUUAAAGACGCUAAGGAGACAGAAUGGUGGCGAAGGAAGCUGAGGAGUUGAAACGGGACGUGGUGGGACAAAGGAAAGGAUCUAGUCAUCAGUAGAGAUUAUUCCCUCUGCUCUCAGCCUGAUGUAAUAUAUGCAAUUAUCACUGAGUACGGGACUCAUAAUCUUAACAGGGCUCAACUUUUGUUUUAUAGCAUAAUUUUGCUGAUUAUAACGAUGACGAUGCUUGUAGGUUUCUGUUAGAGAACCUUUUAAGAGUGUAUGUGUGUGUGUAUGUGAGUGUGUCUGUGAGUGCGUCUGUGAGUGUUUACGCUUUUGGGUGGGUAUUUUAUGCCAAAGAGAUUUUAUUUUGUGACGAUAAUCGUGUAGCUUCCUUCUUUUCUUUUUUUUUUUCUUUUUUUUCUAAAGAAAAAGGGACAAAAAGAGAAUAAUAGUUGAAAACACUGCCAGAGGUGGCUCAACGUGCACGGUGCACCUGCUCACCGCUCUCUUUCUUUCUUAACGCCUUUGUAACGGACACUGCUGUCUACGCUGUAGUUUUGACACUAUAUACCGUCAACUUUCUCCCGCUGUGACCCAACUGUUAAGAGUCGGUGAAGAGUUAGUUAACACGGGCUCGUUCUGUCUCGCGGCACUAAUUCAGUAGGGGUGAACAAACGAGGAGAUGUGGAGGUCUUUGACAGACCUCUGAGAGAGCAGUGUAGGGCUGCUCCCCCAACCCCAAAAUGGUCGUUUGUUUUUUAGGAAUUGUUUCACAUCUUUUAUAAGUUAUUCACUGGGAAAGAUUCACAUUAUCCGGCAUUACCAGAAUAUUAACAAAGAUGUCUUUCGUUAUGAACUGAAUUUAGAGUCUAGAUGGUUAUCAUUUGCAGGAGAACAACAAUGUGGAUACAGUGGUUUUGCAGAUGUUUUCAACAGAUUGACUGAUUGAUUCGUCAACACGUGUGGUGAUAUAUAGUCGGGGACAGCCCUACAGCUGGAGCAAACUACUGACAGGGAAAUUUUGUCUUUCUACUUAAUAAGAGUUUUUACUGAAAUUUUGUUUAAUAAAAAUAAAGGAUAUAUUAAACAUAA